ACCUUAGCAGUCAGUCAGCAGUCAGUGAAUGCGGUGACUGCGCAAGCGCCGCUUGUGUUUGUGAGAGUGGAACUGAAAUCGAUGUGCGUAUUGCCAGCGUAGUGUUAACGAACUUUUACACUUGGAUAAUUAAAAUUUGAGAUGGGUUGCGCUAGGAUACUGUCGGCGCUGCGGCGCUGCAAGCGGCUGGAUGACAGUCAAGGUGGUAGCGAGCUGGCGCGGUGCCUUGGAUUACUGGACCUGACGGCGCUGGGAGUGGGCAGCACCUUGGGUCUAGGCGUAUACGUUCUAGCCGGUGCCGUUGCCAAGACAGUAGCCGGGCCUGCCGUUACUCUGAGCUUCCUCGUCGCUGCCGUUGCCUCUGCUUUCGCUGGACUGUGCUAUGCGGAGUUCGCGGCUCGCGUACCUCGAGCGGGAUCAGCGUAUGUGUACAGCUAUGUGAGCGUGGGUGAAUUCAUUGCAUUCACCAUAGGCUGGAACCUCAUCCUGGAGUAUGUGAUCGGCACGGCCAGUGUUGCCAAGGGCAUGUCGAAUUACAUCGACAGCAUAUGCAAUAAUACCAUGGCUCGCACCUUGACAGCAGCUGCCCCGAUUAAUGUUUCUUUCCUUGCGGAGUAUCCUGAUUUCUUUGCGUUCGGACUUGUCCUUGUUAUAACAAUUUUGCUCGGCGUGGGGGUGCGCGAGUCAACAAAACUAAACAAUGUCUUCACGGCACUCAAUAUGGCAACUGUCGUUAUCGUUGUUAUUGCUGGUGCCACACUGAGCGACCCCGCAAACUGGCGGAUAGCGGUGGAAGACAUUCCCGAGGAAUAUCGCGAGGCAGCAGGCGCAGGUGGCUUUAUGCCGUGGGGUGUGGCUGGAGUGAUGGCGGGCGCUGCCAAGUGUUUCUUUGGUUUUGUGGGCUUCGACUGCGUCGCCACCACUGGCGAGGAAGCCAAGAACCCGAAAAGAGAUAUUCCGCUUUCCAUCAUCUUGUCGCUCGUCAUCAUAUUCAUAUCCUAUUUUACCAUCGCGACAGUCUUGACAAUGAUGCUGCCUUACUACUUGCAGGACGCUGACGCGCCAUUUCCACACGUAUUUGGAGUGGCGGGAUUACCAUCAGUGGGGUGGAUCGUAACGAUUGGGGCCAUAUUCGCACUGUGCACCAGCCUCUUGGGUGCUAUGUUCCCGCUUCCUCGUGUGCUAUACGCCAUGGCCAGUGAUGGCGUGUUAUUUCGGCCCCUAGCUCGUAUUCAUCGCCGCACACAGACCCCGCUGCUCGCAACCGCCUUCAGUGGGCUUCUAUCAGCAACAAUGGCAGCCAUAUUUAACUUAAACCAAUUGAUAGACAUGAUGUCCAUUGGAACACUAAUGGCCUAUACCAUUGUAGCUAUAAGCGUGCUAAUUUUAAGAUACGAAGAAGACAGCACGAUGAUACUAAACGGGCUAAAGGCCCUCCCACAGACGCCUUGGAGCGUGGUGAAACAGCUGUUUAAUCUGCUGGGAAUAAAAGAGCCUACGAUGCUUUCUUCCACCAUCGCCAAAUGCACUAUAUUCAUCUUCUUCGUGGUGUCUCUAGCGGCGUGCGGUACAAUGAGUUGGGAGGUGAUAGGUGAGGGGUCUUGGGUGGCGACAGGUGCUUUGGGCAUACUGCUGCUGCUUUUACUGUUAGUGCUGUAUCGCCAGCCACGACGAGACGUCGCACAUCUGACCUUCACCGUCCCUCUGGUUCCGCUUGUACCGUAUUUGAGCGUGAUUAUGAACGUUUAUCUCAUGGUGCAACUCGACUACCACACUUGGGUGCGCUUUAUCCUCUGGCUUGCAGUCGGUUACCUCAUAUAUUUCUUUUACGGCAUCAGCAAUAGUUCCCUAAAGGAAAAGAAAAAUGACGAUACCCACACGAAUGGAAAGGUUGAAGAAAAACAUGUUAUUACUAAGUUUUGAUUUAUUUAAUUUAACGACAAAAUAUUAACUUUACAAUGACAGGACUUGUUAAUACGACACGACGUACGUUAAUGAUUGAUUUUUUUGUGCAUUGUAUCGAUUACGGAGAUUUAUCUUCAUCAUUGUAUUAUGUUUCAAACUUUUUACAUAUGAAUCCCCAGCAUUAAUGUAAAUAUAAUGUCGUUGAUUUGAUCAUGAUGUGGCCGUGAUCAUUGAUUUGCGGUUAAUGAUAAUACAAUCGCAAGAUCGUAUAAUUAAAUGUGGUUAUUUUUAAUCGCACAUUUAAAGAAAUUUUCAGUUAAAUCCUACAUAAACUAUAUACCUACAUGUUCGGCCACAUUUUAAAUGAUCAAAUCUCCGAUCUGUGUACGCCAUACAUAGUUGAAUAACUUGUUACUAAUAAUAAAUAUAAUUGUACAAAAAUAAAACUCUUCUGCUGUCUAAAGCUGAUCAAAUAACGUUUUCUUUAAUAUCUUAUAGUUAUGUUAUGUCGCAGACUUGUUAUAGACGAAUAGUUCGAAGUAAAACGGCAAAUAUUGAGUCAAAUAGAUAUAAGCUUAUAGUAUAAAUGUACUGUGAUGUUUUAAUUAGAACUGUGAUAUUUGAGUAGGGUUCCAACAAUAUAGUUUUAAACUAUUUCACUCGUUAAUACUUAUCUUUCAGCUCAAUAAAGCUCAAAUAUGUUAUUACAUUUUUUCAUAAGACAAGAGGAAGCUCCAACAAUUAGUAAGCAUAAAUAUAUGGAUUAAAUAUUUAUGAAAUUUUAUUAUAUGUAUACUUUUUACGAAUUGGAACCCUAUAUUUGAGUGCGUUGCGAGUUAUAUUCACCACUGACAGGCACAAAGGCAUCUGCCACAAGACAUUUUAAAUAGCUUAAGUUAAAUUAUGUACUUAAAUUUAGCAUUAACUAUAAUUUAUAAAUAAC